AUUGUUGGACAGUCAAUUUCAUCAAUCAGGUGCGGUAUUUAUAUACGACAUUAAAAAUUAAAUCGAUAUAUAAUUGCUCAUAAAAGAAAUUAAUCAAAUAUUCUCGUUUAAACACAAAUGGUGUAUCUUAGAUAAUCGAAACGAAAAAAAAAAAAAAAAAUCAAAAAUGGAACUCGUAGAGAUAUACAAUUAUUAUUGGAACGAGAGAUCCGAUUCAAGAACGAAUAAUUUACCAUUGAUAGGAUCACCCAUCAUCAUUCCUACCAUUAUAUUUUCAUACUUGUACUUUGUCCUAAAAUGUGGUCCACAAUUUAUGAAAAAUCGAAAGCCGUACAACCUGAAAACUUUCAUUCAAUGGUACAACAUCUUUCAAAUCAUCGCCAACGCGUAUCUGGUGCAACAAAACAUAAGUGCAGGCUGGUUCUCCGAGAUAAGCGUGUUCUGCGAAAUGCCAGAUUAUUCGUAUAAACCUGGUCCAGUGAAGAUAGCUUACACGAUGUGGUUAACGACAAUGUUGAAAUUGAUCGAUCUCGUGGAGACAGUUGUGUUCGUGUUGAGAAAGAAACAGGAACAGAUAUCAUUUUUGCACGUGUACCAUCACGUGUCCACGAUCCUUUUAGUAUGGUUCAUGACGAAAUAUUAUGCUGUUACCAUGACCUCGUUCGGUAUUUUGAUAAAUUGUGCCGUACACGUGAUCAUGUACACGUAUUAUUAUCUGAGCACGCUUGGGCCGAAUAUGCAAAAAAUAUUGUCUCCAUAUAAACCAAUAAUAACCUCGGUGCAAAUGGUCCAAUUCGUUAUUUGUACACUGUAUGCAUUACAAACAUAUUCUCCGUCUUGUCCUGUAUCGAAAGUGCCAGUUAACACCGCAAUCUCUCAGUUAAUCAUAAAUUUCUUACUUUUCUACAAUUUUUAUCGGCAGAAUUACACAAAAUCGAUUCAAAAGAAACAUUGAAUCGUAUAUAAUCGACACGCGUUGAACGAAUGUUAGACGGGAACACGAUGGAAAUAUUCCACCGUAAAUGUGGAAUUAUUAAUAAAGUGUAGAUAUGUAUCGUAUUUAUCGAUAAUAUGCGUGUAAGAUAAGAAAUAUUUGUAACGAUUAUAAUAAUAAAAAAUAAAAGAAAUUUUAAAGUUA